AUGGGACGAGUGAUGCAAAUCGCAGCCUUUUCCCUGGCGGAAGUUACAUACGCCGUUGGGGGAGAUAUUGGAUAUCAAGUUCAAGAAUCAGCCAAGUCGGCUCGGUUUCGCGUUCGGACCAAGCAGGACAAUGUAUCCGGUGUCCUUCUCCCAGCAUUCGAAAGCUACAUGACAGAGGGAAAUAAUGACUUUGGCCUAACGGGCUUGGGCAAAGGAGGCCAGCAAGUUCAGCGCUGCCGGGAGACGUAUGCUCGAGCAGUCGAAGCUCUCGUAGAGCUUGCUAGCCUGCAAACGGCGUUCGUCAUCCUCGAUGAAGUCAUUAAGGUGGUGAAUAGGCGAGUAAAUGCAAUUGAACACGUCAUCAUUCCUCGCACCGAGAAUACUAUCAAGUAUAUAAACUCUGAACUCGAUGAACUUGACCGAGAAGAAUUUUACCGACUGAAGAAGGUAGGCAUAAUGCAAAGAUAA